GCCCCGCUGAGGCCGGAGGCGCGCUGCGGAGGAGGCCCGUUCUCUGCUGGUGUUUCUCUCCCAGGCCGCAGCUCCCUCCCUCCGACCGGCGCCAUGGCGAUGCAAGCGGCCAAGCGAGCCAACAUUCGGCUGCCUCCAGAAGUCAAUCGGAUCCUGUAUAUUAGGAAUCUGCCAUAUAAAAUCACAGCGGAGGAAAUGUAUGAUAUUUUUGGGAAAUAUGGGCCUAUUCGACAAAUCAGAGUUGGAAACACUCCUGAAACUAGAGGAACAGCCUACGUAGUCUAUGAAGACAUCUUUGAUGCCAAAAACGCUUGUGAUCACCUGUCAGGAUUCAACGUGUGCAACAGAUACCUUGUCGUUUUGUACUAUAAUGCAAACAGGGCAUUCCAAAAGAUGGACACAAAGAAGAAAGAGGAACAGCUUAAGCUUCUCAAGGAAAAAUACGGAAUUAAUACAGACCCACCAAAAUAAACUGAUCUUUUUGGAAAACUCUUUGCAAGCCCUGCCAUUGAGUUCUUGAACUAAACAUAGGAAUUCUCAAUGAAGUAUAACUUUUAUUUUACAUUUGAUAAGCUGUAAUUUGACUCUUUAGAUCUUCACAUUACAAUUAAAUAAAUGUAAAACAUCGGAAGAUCUGCUUUAAGAUUAAAUCCCCCUAAGUGGACAUAGCUUCUCCGUAUUGUAGGGGUGACCUGGUAAAUGCUGCGUAACGACAGUCCUGUUUCUGGCAGGACCUUACAAGAUGGGACUGAGCCCACUGCGUGUUUCACACCUCCUGAGGUUCUGCCCAGUCUCUGGGGCAGAAUUUAAGCGUACCAGCCAGUUAAUCCAGAGAGCUCAAGGGGCUCUGUGUGAGCUGCCUACAUGGAGCUAAAUUUCACUUGCUACUUUCUGAAAAUGGAGUAUUGCAACUAGUCUCCCUGCCACAGGGAUUUUUGUGCUUUUUUAAAAAAGUAUGGUUUGAUCGUUCAUCACACCUGUAUAUAUUGUACACAACUUAUUGCGCCUUUUUCCUUCUGGGAAUGUUUGAAGGAGCCUAACUCCAUUAUGUGAUCGUUAGACUACUUCUUACCAGAAACAAAGCAAGCCCAAAUCCAUGUUUGUAACAAAGUUUCUUUUACAAACUGUAGAACGUGAAUGGCCUUUUAAAAUGAUCCAACUGCUUAGGGGACUUCAGUCAAAAUACCUUGUUCCCAGUGAUUGAGACGAAAGAGAUAAGCUGCAGUAAAAUAAUCUUGCUUGGAUAGUGUGUUGCUGCAGGGCUGACUUGAUGGUAUACGAGGUGUUUAUUAGGUGUUCGAGGUUUGCAUUGAGGUUAGUAGGAGUGACAGGAAUACACUUCAUGGCUUUUAAUGUUAAGUAGAGAACACCCGACCAAAACAAGACAGUAGAUGAUGGUUGUAAUUUCAGAUACCUGUAGUGCGAUUGUUUUCUGCUUGGUGUGUUUGAACUGUAAUGUAUUUCAUGUACAUAAAUUUUUAGAUGUAGUAUCUGGUGGAGGAAAAAGAAAACAUUUAAAUUUUUUGGCUCUUUUUUUUCCAGCAUUCAUGUCCUGUGAAUAAAAAUGAAUGUGAUACAGAGUAUGCACAACCAGUAUAUUUUGGAAGUGGAAAAGAAUAGCUUCUACCUCUGUUCUGAACCAGCUGGAAGUCCUGUGAACGUUGGUAGCUAUCCUGCCUCUCGGGAGGAUUUAUUUGCUCAGAUGUGAUGUUUAACUCCCUGACCAGACAACUUCCAGCCAGCGCAGAACGUGGGCAGAUGCAAACAUACUUUGCCUGAGGAUUUGUAAUUUAAGUUAAAACUUUUUUCAGUGCAUUAUACUGUCAUAAAGGAAUGUUUCCAUUUUCUUACCUUUAGUUUUUCAUUGAAAUUUGUCACUUAAAAAAAAUGCUCUUCUUGUGUCCAUUUAGUAAAAAAGUAAAUGUG